GUACUAAUGACCUUCCGGUAAUGGUACAGUAAAGAAGCUCUAAUUGUGGAUAAGAGACUUCAGUGGCAACGGCUUUGAUAGUAAAGUAAAGUGGUCAUGUUCGUUAUCCAAUGUAUUUAAAUUAUUCCGGGGACUUAAAUCAACUCAAGAAAAAGUAACAAAAAACCUGUUUCUGCAAGGAUAAAUUAGUUGCUUCUUAGUAAGUAGGUAGCUAAAAGCAAAAUAAACAAAUACAUGUCUAAAUGUUUCAAGUUUGAUAUUUGUAUAGUUUUGGUGGGAUUGUAAUAAGGGCUCAUACAAUGCUCUUAUAUUUAUUAGUCUCUAUAUCUAUACUUCUUACGAGAACUAGUCAAGCCGCUAGUUGUCUGUCUUUCUUGGAAUCAGAUAAUAACUGUUUGCACCUUGGUGAAAAUUCUACCAUAUUUGGAUAUGGAUCCUCUUUAGAAAUAGAUAACCAGUAUGACUUUAUAAUAAUUGGGUCUGGUUCUGCGGGUUCCGUGAUAGCCAGUCGACUUUCAGAAAUUCCAGAAUGGAAUAUAUUAUUAAUAGAAUAUGGAGAAAAGCCCACAGUUUUGAACGAAAUACCUAUUACUGCGCCUAUAUAUCAGGUUGCGGGAGAUUAUAAUUGGAACUAUUUGAUGGAAAAACAAGAUAACUUUUGCCUGGCUAUGGAAGAUCAACUAUGUGCAUGGCCAAGAGGAAAAGCUUUGGGAGGUUCAACAGUACUAAAUUACAUGAUUUACACCAGAGGACAUGCCGAUGAGUAUAAUAAAUGGGGAGUAGAAAACCCUGGAUGGUCGUACAAAGACGUACUUCCAUACUUUCUAAAAUCUGAAAACUGCAGAUUAGAAACUGAAUGUUCUGAUCCCUACCAUGCGUCUGGUGGACUUUUAAGUGUCGAACAUCCCUAUCACAGCGAAUUAACGGAUCGCUUUAUAGCUGCAGGGAAAGAAUUGGGGUUUGAAGAGGUGGAUUAUAACAGUCACCAGAUAAUGGGUUUUUCAAAAAUACAAGCAACCCACAAAUUUGGCAGGAGGCAAAGCUCCGCAACAGCAUUUUUGAGUUCGGCCUUAAAACGCGAAAAUCUAAAAAUUGUGGAAAAGACCAAAGUAACUAAAGUGUUGAUAGAUCCAACCACCAAGACAGCUUAUGGAGUUGAAAUGAUGAGAAAUGGACAAACAUUUAGUGUGAAUGCCAGUAAAGAAGUGAUUUUGAGUGCAGGUGUGCUAAAUUCGCCUCAACUCCUCAUGUUGAGUGGAAUUGGUCCAAGAGCUCACUUAUCCGAAUUAGGCAUAAGACCUAUAAUUGAAGAUUUACCUGUAGGACAAAAACUUUAUGACCACAUAGCAUUUGCAGGGAUGCUUUUCAUAAUUAACAAACAAAUAGAGCCACGAUCACUAUUCUAUCAUCCUUCGUCACUUCUAGACUGGCUUUUUCGAGGAAAAGGUUUUUGGACAUCAUUGGGAGGAAUUGAAGCUUUGGCAUACUUGAGCACUAAAAAUGAAACCGUCCCUGACAUAGAACUGCUGCUAAAUGGUAUUGGAUCUCUUCAGUUUGAUAGAGGCAUAUUUUCACGACCAGAAUUACGAAUUACACAUAAACUCUACAAUGAGUACUUUAAACCCAUAGAAAACCAAGACGUGUUUUCAAUCAUGCCCAUGUUGUUACAUCCGAGAUCUGUUGGAUCAUUAAAACUCCGUUCCAAAAAUCCUGACGAUCCGCCUCUUUGCUACGGCAAUUACCUGACCGAUGUUAAUAAAGAAGACUUGGGAGUGUUGAUCAAAAGUAUUAGAAUCAUGGAGAAAUUGGUGGAUUCAGAAAGUUUUAAAGAGCUAGAGGCUCGAGUCUAUGACAAAGGGUUGCCAGGAUGUGAACAUUUUGUUUUUGAUUCCGAUUCCUACUGGGAAUGUGCUAUUCGUCACUUGGGAGUGACUUUACAUCAUCAGAUUUCAACGUGCAAAAUGGGCAAUGGCACAGAUGCAGUCGUUGACAAUGAAUUGAAGGUAAAGGGCGUUAAAAAUUUACGAGUAGCUGAUACAAGUGUGAUACCAAUGACCCUAAGUGCUCACACCAGUGCUCCAACUAUGAUGAUAGGUGAGAAAGCAGCUGAUAUUCUUAAAAACCAAUAUGGAAUUAUUUAAAUAUCAGUCAAUUUUUUAUUGAAUUGGUGCCAUUUGUCAAUUAAGAUUGAAAUUUUUAUAUGAAUUUUUCCAACCAUUACAAAUUUGUUCAACAGCAUAUUAAAUGAAAUAACGAAUAGGUUUGUUGGCACGCACAAAUAGCAAUAAAUAUAAGCCUAAAAUGAAGAAGACUUCCGACAAGUUAAAAAGUAUGAAGUAACUCGGUAAGUAUUCAAAUUACCGACCCACUAUUAACUAUUUUUCAUUGAAUUUCUGCUUUCUGCUAUUUUUUUUUAAUUUUAUCGAAAUGGUUUUGAAUGAAUGAAGCGAUAUGAAUUUUAUUAAUUGUUGUUAUUAUUUAUUACUGGUUUAAGUUUUUCAGUUGUUCUAAAUACUUAUGUUUAAAUGUUAAAUAAAACAGGGUAUUGCCUUUUACCUACAAGCACGACUUGAAUGAUAACAAUAAAGUUCACAGGUUCAUUUUUCUUGUUCCUUUGUGUGUCUUUUAAAUGAAAAUUUCCUGUUUAAAUCCUCUUAUGUUUUAAUAUGUUGUAACGUACAGUGGUUCCAGGUGAAACAGUUUGAAUGUACAACGUUUGUACUAAGUUUAUUUGUAUGCAAUUUUGUUUUAUUUUAUUAUACAAUUUGUUCUCUUC